AUGAUGGCGCUUUUUGCAGCAGUUUACGAAUCAUCAACUGAACUCUGUGAUAAUACAAAAGAAUUUGCCAACGAUCUGAAUGCAUUUCAGAAUCAACUCGAUAAAAUUCUCGAAACUUUAGAUGAGUUAUCAAAACUGGUUGAAAGAGAAAAAGUACGUGCUUUAUCCUCAAGGAAUAUGUUGAAAAGUUCUUCCAGGCAAAAAACAGCAAAUAUUCAACAAUUACAAAUUUUAAUCAAUGAGCGCCAACUUGAAUUAGACCGACUACGCAUUGAACUGGAAGCGCUACAAAGAGAAGAAAGUGAACAAAAAGAAUAUAUGCAAAAAUUAUUUUCAACAACAUCUUUUUCGUGA